GGUCGCGCCGUGUGAAAGUUGUCGUCGCCUACAUGCUUGUCGCUCUAUGACAUAAGAGCGCCAGGCCCUCCUUCUAGGCCACCAUUCUCAAUAAAAGCUUCGAGCUCUUCCGCCCCAGUCCACCCCGGGCUUCACGCUCGUUUUCGUCCACCCCGUCUCCGAUCCUACACUCGCGCUCCAGUGCCGAUGAUAUAGCAAAGACGCUGUACCGCAAAACAUCCCAGCGCGAGAUCCGACCGAGCUUCCUACGCGCGAGAACCUCAUCCGCCUUCACCAUGUCUACGGGCAACGCGCCGACAGUCGAGGCUGGACCAGAAGUUGCCGAUAUAGAAACAGAGCAUCUAGGAUUUAAAGCUCUCAGCCAGGGUGGAGCAGGUCCCAAGAAGGUCAAGAUCCUCCCCGAGCCAUGGCCUACCGACAACGUGCCUCCUGCCUCAGCGACGCUUCUCUCAAUAGCCUCCAAACCCGGCUUCCUCGCAGCCGCCGGGCCCGGCCUCCUCGUCGUGACCACAAUCGACAAGGUGCGCAAAGCAUUUGAAGAGCAGGCUGGCGAAGGCGAUGUCGUCUCAGACUUUACCCCCGACGUGCAACUGACGGUUCCCACGCUUCGCCAUGUCGUUUUCUCGACAGAGGGAGAGUUCCUCGUCGUAUCUGCCGAGGAGAAGGGAGGGCUUGCAGUCUUUGAUGCUGCAGAAGUCGUAAACGCCGGGAAGAAGGAGCCAAAGAGACAACUCGACACCGAACAGGUAACCCUUCGCGCACUCCUACCAAACCCCGUACCCUCAUUGGCCCACUACUUCGCCGUUGUUCUCGACUCGGGCAAACUUAUGAUAACCAAUGUUGAUGACGGGGUAUCGAAGACCAUUAAAGCCGAAGGUGCCAACUGUGUCGCAUGGAGUAACAAGGGAAAAGCCGUGGCAGCCGGAUUACAGGAUGGAACUUUUGCGAUACACUUGAGCACAGGAGAUCUAAAGGCAGUCGUCCCACGUCCUCCUGACGUCGACCAAAGCUUUACUACCUCUGGCCUGUCAUGGCUCAACAACGAGCAAUUCCUCGUUGUACACUCUCCAAAGCAUCCUGAUCUGCAAGAACCACAGGACAGCAAGUACAAUAUCGUCAAGAGCAACAAAAACUGGACAUCAUUCACGUUUCAUCCUCUCCCUUGGGACCCACUUCUUACUGCGCAAGAAAUACCCCGUCGAGCUCUCCCCCCGCGCUUCUCAGCCACACGGCUACGGAAUUGGCUGCCUGAUCUCGAGGAUAUGCUCAUCAUCACCAACUCGCACACCGAUGCCAUCGCGGUACUGGCGUCGACUAGCGCGAAGAUAUCACCCUACCAAGAGACCCUCGACGAAUUUGUCUUAGUCGAUAUCGACGACACAAGAAAGGCUGCGGUACCUCGAGCUGCUUAUGGAGAAGAUUCCGACAGUGUUUUCAUUGGCGAGGCAUUGGAUCUUUCUAGUACAGAAAAGAUACUGCGCCCAGUUCCAGCACUAGAAGAAGAAGGGAUCAACGAGGCUCCGUGGCCACUGCCUGCAUAUAUGGCUCUUACUCAUGAGGGAGUUCUGGCAGCAUGGUGGGUGGUUUGGAAUCGAUCCAUCCAGGCCGGCACGCGCUAUCCUGGUCUCAUCUUUGGCAGUGAAGAUGCCAAUUCGGUAGCUUCCUCAGCUACUAUGGACACUGCUCCUGCUCCAAAACCUGCACCCCCCGCCUCUAUACCAUCGUCUGGAUCCCCGUUCGGACAGGCUUUAAAUGGUCCGUCCUUGAAUGGAACGAGCAGCGUCUUCGGCAAGCCGGCGGCCACUUUUGGAAACACCGGGUUUGGUACGCCGACUCCCGCCUUGAUGAAACCCACACCACCAGGCUUUGGUACGCCUGGAUUUGGGUCUACUACUCCGAAGCCUGCACAACCGGCGUUUGGUGCUCCUUCUGCGAUAGGAGGUACUUCCGGAGGCACUGGGUUUGGGUCUACUGCUCCGAAGCCUGCACAGCCGGCGUUUGGUGCUCCUUCGGCGAUCGGAGGUACUGCUGGAGGUACUGGGUUUGGAGCGGCAGGUGGAAUGGGCAACAAGCCCUCUCCCUGGGGUGCACCCUCACAACCUACCCAGCCUCAAGCAAACCCAUUUUCUGCUGCAGCUAGUGGUGCGUCAGGGUUUGCAAAGUUCGGACAGUCCGGCGGCGGUUCCAACUUUUCGAGUUUUAGCAGCAACAAUGGUGCUCAGUCAGGAUUUGCAUCACUCGGCCAGGGGCAGCAGAAACCUGGAUUCGGGAGUCUCAAGACCGAGCCGAGUUUUGGCUCUACGGUCACAGUAGGCUCGGGCACUGGCUCCACGCUUCCAUCAUGGGCCAACACGCCAGGGCAGCAGAGUGGCUCAAUGUUUGAGCAAAAUAAAUCCUCAUUCAACACAUCCUCGUUCGAGUCCAAAGAGUCCGAUAGGAGUGAUACAGAGGACGCAGAACGACGGAAGAGGGACGAAGCCACACCGACCCCCCAAGCUCCUCCACCACAACAAUCACAACAAUCACAAGCCCUCUUCGGCCUUGCAGGCGGCUUUAAGCUUGGAACCACUUUCUCGAGUGAUGGUACAGCGAAAGACGACCCGGCGAAGCCUGCAGCUCCCACAAACGGCUCGUUCUUCGGUAGUGACUUCGCAAACACAAUAGGCGUAGCAGCCUUGAAGCCACCGGCUACUCCUUCGAAGGAAGCGCCACCGAAUGUCUCAACUACUCCUGCGUCACCACCAAAGCAAAAACCGCUAUUCCCGAGUGCAACUCCAGCGAAAGAGAGUGAUACCCCGAAAGCAGCUCCACCAGCCAAGGAGAAAACACCUCCCAUUGACGAUGCGCCACUUCCUCCUGACUUCACAACGGCAAGAUCAUCCAAGCCGGAUGCACCACUUCCCCCGGAUCCUAUUAACACAAAGCUACCGCAGCCGACAGACGAUGACUUUCCACCUCUUGCUGGUAGUCCAGGCAUCAAGGUUGAAGCCCCCAGCUCAUCCGUUGAGGUAUCUCCUAUCGAUGAAGAGGAUGAUGACGAAGAUUUUUCGGAUGAAGAUGAUGAGGGCGAAGACGAAGACGACGAAGAAGCGUCUCCCUCAGGCCCUGCCUCAAGAUCGCAGCCAUCGAAAGCAGGUGGCUGGAGUUUCCAAGAUAGUGUCAAUCAGUCUCCACGUGUCUUCCCUCCUGCGCCUACGCCUCCAGCUAUCAAGUCCGGCACUACGUCGCAAUCUGGUAGGAGCGCAUCACCAGCCCAGCCUGCGCUAUUUGGCCAACCUACCAGACCAGCUAGUAGUCAGCCGGCGUAUUCAAACUCAUCACUCUUCGGCCAACAAUCACAAAAAGGUCCCUUGUCAUACGGGUUAGUAAACAAGACAGACCAGUCUACGACACCCGGAAAACCAAAUCUUCCGCCACCGACGAAUCGCGCGCAUGCCAACUUGCGCGCAUCAAGUCCAGUUCGUUCAGCAUCAACAUCUGCCCUUCGAACACGGAGAGAGCCGUUGGUCGCUCCAGGUGCUUCGCUGAGUGCAUCGGUUCAACAGUUGAAACCGCCAACACCACAGCCACAGGUUUCUGAUCUCGAAGAUGAAGAGGAUCAACGCAUGCGCGAGCAGCUUGCGCGACCAAUUGAGCCUAGCAGGACGCUGGACGAGUUCGUUGCAUACCAAAACUACACUGGUAGAGCUCCUAGCAAGACUGGCCAUGCUGCCCAGAUUGAGAUGAUUUAUAAAGACAUCAACGGCAUGGUUGAUGCGCUUGGCUGGAACGCGCGUUCCAUCAAGUCGUUCACCCAGUAUCACAAGAAACCUCAACCUGGCCAUAAAGUCAAUCGACGUACCCUAGAGGAUGUGGAAGAUGAAGGUCAAGACGGCGCGUGGUUCGAGAAGUUUACCCUGUGCGAAAUCGAGGCGUUGAAGGCUCUCGAAGAUCAGCUGGAACAAGAGUUGGAUGCAGGUCGAGUACAGGACGUGCUUGACAAGCUUGCUCAGCUGGCCCGUCUCCUCCAUGAGAAAGCUAAGCUGAUGACACGCCUCAACGACAUCCGCCGUCAGAUCAUCAACCGCAAGGAUCCCGACAAGGCCGAGGUGCUGCGCAAAGCGCCAUUACCGAAGGAACUCGCCGACGGGCAGAAAGCUCUUCGCAACCACUAUGCCCAGCUGCUGACCUCACUUAAUAAAGCGGAAGAAGCUGCUUCGAUCCUUCGAACACGCGUCGCUUCUCAUAAUGCCCAGAACGGCAAGGCCGGUGCUGUACCGACCAUGGAUGCGGUGAAGAAGACAAUCAUCAAGAUGACUAGUAUGGCUGAGAAGCGCAACAGCGACAUCACAUUACUUGAGUCGCAAAUGCGCAAGGUCGGUCUCACAGAUGCAAGUCGUCCCUCUUCGUCAUCUUCUCGCACUAUCGGCACACCGCGACGAGCAAGAGGUACAAACCUGCGUAACAGCGUGGCCGGGCCGCCGCUCGCUACACCGCCUAUAAAUCGCAACAAGAUGAGUCUGAGCGAGUUGAAUCGCCACGCCCUCACGCCAGACGUCGAUGCCACCCCCACACCGAGCAAGGGGUAUGGUCUGUUUUACACGCCUCAAGGUAGCCCUUCGCCGAGCAACGAACUUGCGCGCUUGGGUGAUCUCGUUGAUGAGAAUCUUGACAGUUUGAGGGCGACGGCGAGACGGAGGAAGCAAGUUGCUGCCGGAUUGAAGAAGGCGCUUGUUGAGCGUGGUGUCAAGACUACCAAGGUCAACUGAUUGACAGAUUGGGAUCGACUGGUUUUGGUUGACUUGGUUAUGAUUGUGUAUCAGUAGGCGUUUCUGCAACGCUUGUGUUUUUUUGGAAUAGCGCAUUGGAAUGAAUUGAACAUGUGUAUGUAAUACGUUGAGCGAAGCAUUGGCAUGCUGGUCUGGAAGGCAUGGAAUCUAGUCUCGUUGUCGAUAGUGUUUUGCUUCGGAUCUUGUAUAAUGAAUGUCAUUACACCUGUU